AUGAGCGUACCUUUUGCACAAAAGAUUACAGGUCUAGCAUUCAACGGAUUCCAAUGUGUGAGCCAUGCAACCACGCGAAUUAGAGAUAAACCCUCUCGGAUCUUUUUCCAUCCAGGUCCCAACCCGGAAUGGUUCUGGUUCCACAAAUACACGAUCCGCUAUCUCACUGGCAGACCGAUUCUCCCCUUUAAUGAGCUCUAUUACAACCGCCAUGUUACUUUUAUCUUUGAUUAA